CGAAGAGUGAUCGAUCGGUCAAGGUCAAUUUAUAUUCCAAACCAUGGCUUUAGCAGGACGAAUUCUGGUUUACGGUGGAAAAGGAGCUCUUGGAUCGGUCAUUGUCUCAUCAUUUAAAGCGAAAAAUUAUUGGGUUGGCUCCAUUGAUCUCGUGCCCAAUGAACAGGCAGAUGGAAAUGUUGUUGUAAAGCCAGGCGACUCAUGGACUGAACAGGAGGAAGAUAUCACAAAGAAUGUGGAGACGCUUCUUGGGGAUAACAAACUGGAUGCUGUGCUAUGUGUUGCUGGUGGUUGGGCUGGUGGAAAUGCAGCUAAUAAAGCAUUCGUAAAGAAUGCGGAUGCCAUGUGGAAGCAGAGCGUAUGGACAUCAUCGAUCGCAGCUAGCCUGGCAGCCAAGCACCUGCGGGAUGGUGGUAUCGUUACACUUCCCGGAGCCCAGCCCGCACUAGAAGGCACACCAGGUAUGAUUGGCUAUGGAAUGGCUAAAGCAGCCAUUCAUCAGCUGGUCAAGAGUCUUGCUGGAGAAAACAGUGGUCUGCCUGCCAAUGCUUCUGCUGUGGCCAUUCUUCCAGUGACAUUGGAUACUCCGAUGAACAGGAAAUGGAUGCCAGAUGCAGACCACACCACCUGGACACCACUAGAGUUUAUUGCAGAAUCAUUUGCCAAAUGGAUCAGCAAUGAGGGUCGUCCAAAGAGCGGCAGCUUGGUCCAGCUUAUUACCAAAGACAAUAAGACUGAGCUCAUUAUUGUCUAGACAUUCCUCACAAGCAGCUUGUUUUUCUUGGUGAAGGGUUUUUGUCGAAUUGAGUACAUAUUAUAUGUUAAGACUGUCAAGAUAUUAGAUAUGUUGUUGUGAGCAGUUUAUGUGAAGAUAACAUCUAUUAUAUCAAUAGUGUUAAAAAUCAAAUUUAUUGUACCUAAGUCAUAUUGUGUUAGCCAGCCGCAUGAAAUAAUUAUAUGCCUUUUUAGCUGAUUUUUUUUUUUGAGGGGGGGGGGAGGCAAUUUAUUGUCAUAGCUUGAAUGUUGUCUGACAGCAUAGACAUGCAAAGACUUUAAAUUUAGGCAUUACUGAAAAACCAUUCAAGAUACUGAAAUGAACCGUUGUAUUCAUUUUUUAGAAAAAACACACACAUUUUCAGCAAGGCCCACAACUCUUGCUCUUUGUUAUGUUAUGCCCCUCUAUGAGUUGAAAAAAAGUCAUGAAGAAAACAACUUUGCCAAAACAUUAUAACCAUUCAAGAUAUUCACAUGAAACUUGUUACUGGAUAUAAACUGCACAUGUAUAGAAAUGCCUAUUACUCUGGUUUUAAUAAUCGUCAGGUAGUGGCCCUAGAAUGUUUGAAAAAGUCAUGCAAAAACUUCACUUUGGCCAUAACUUAAAUACCAUUCAAGAUAUUCACAUGAAAUUGUGUAUACUUAUUACCAAUGAGACUGUGCACAUGUGUUGCAAGGCCCAGAACUCUGGCUUUUAUAAUUUUCAAGUUGUGCCCCUUAGUAUUUGGGCUCUGCAAUGUUUUUAACUUGGCUGUAACUUAAUAACCAUUGAAGAUGUUAGCAUGAAACUUUGUUUACAUAUUACAAAUGAGAAUGUGCACAUUUAUAGCAAGUCCCAGAACUCUUGCUUCUAUAAGUGUUGAGUGAUGCCCCUUAUUGACUUAAAAGAACAGAAGAGCGUGGGCAUUCCAUCCGCUACACUCAUGUUUUAAAUUAUUAGUGCCAAAUAUCAUUCAAGUGUUGUUUUAAAUGGUGACUUAUAUGCAUUUCGACUGGUCAGUCCAUAUAUACAUGUGUAUGAAAUCAUGCAAAGGAAAUAAGUAACAUUCCACUUUUGAUAUAUUUGAUAUACUUUUAUGUAUUAAGACAUGUUUACGGUACUAAUGAAUGCUAAUCAUUGCACUUCCUGUCAUCAAAGUUUUUGUAUACAUUUUUUUUUUAGAUAUUUUUUUCAUGGUGGGUAAAAUGGGGUUUGGUUUAAACCAUUGUCACACUAAAUACCAGAAAGCAUUUUGAAUAAGAUUUGGCUGCAUUUUAUUGUCACUGUAAUCAACAGUUUUUGUAAUUUAUGUCAAGUAUAUACAUGUAUGGUAAAGUACCACUAAUCAAUUAAGCCUAAAAUAUGAACAGUUUAAAAAUAAAAAAGUACUUUAAAUGUUGUACUAGAAUAAGUGACUUUAACCAUGUAACUUGUUGUCAUACAUUUGUUCUACCGUAUUUUAAGUGAUGUUAGUUUCUGUAAAUUUAGAAAUUUAGGAAAUAGAGAUAUAUAAAUAUACAGUGUAGCAUUCCAUUCUUCAUGCAAGAUAAUCUGAUUUCAUAUGAGUAUAGUGUUUAAAUAUAUGAAAAUAGAGACAUAAUUAUGUUGAAGUUUUCUAUGGAUAUUUAAGAUCAUGAAUGCCCUGGAUUGUUGUUAUGGUAUGUUAACCAGUAACAAGUACGGUUUUUAUACCCGUUAACCUUUUUUUACCUUUGAUCUCAGGACUUACGCAUUUGAUAUUUUUUUCUUGGGAACCAAAAGUUAUGUGUACAUCAAGGCAUACUUGAGAAUGCCUAGGUACGCCCCUGGUCAAGGUGCUUGUUUUUGCUGAUGGAAAUUGAUUUUAUGUGCAAAGAUUAUAAAUACAUUUAAAGUUUUCAUGUUUUUUUUUAAAUUCUCAUGGGAUACAUCCUAGGUUUUUAUUUUUCAUGGUUCAAAAUUCAGUUCAUUUUCUAUUUUUUAAUGUUUUACUCAUAAACAAUGUACUCACAUAUAAUUCAAGUUUUCUUUUGAUGUUGUUUGCUAAUUUAAUCUCAUAUUUCAAUGCUCAAUUAUUUACAUGACAUGACAUUAUUUUGGUUCUAAUCGCAUAACUAUAUUUACCCAAAAGCUAAGACAUCUCCACAUAUGGAUUUGUAAAUUACAAAUUUUAGCUUGUCUCUUUUUGGAAUAUUUGGAACAUUCUUUUAGUUAUGACCAAUGUUUAAAGUUUGUGGCAAUAUUCCAAAUAUUCAAAUGAAACUUGGUACACAUGUUGCCAGAGACAAGAUGUAAACAUUCGUAAAAAAUAAAUUUCUCUUACUUUUAUAACUGCUGAAUUAUGCCUAUUUUAUUGAGAUUCAUAUUGUUUGUUCAGGUAUAUCAAAGCUUGCCACAACAUUAUUUAUUAUUAUUAGUAAUUAAUUAAGGUGCUUACCUACAUACAUGUAGCUACUUAGAAAAUAGUUUUCUCCAGAACUUUCAAUGUUUGAUGAAAAUUUAGAUUAGUCAUUUUAGCACUUUUAAGUUUUGUUCAAUUUUAUAUAUUGGCCAUAAAAACUGUAUGUAAUAUACAGAUAUAAAAUUAUUUUAUAUCAUGCGUCUAGUCAACUCAUUUCAUGCCAGAGACUAUCUUUUACAGAUUAACCUAAAUGUUUGUUUUUGGAUGUAAAUGCAUUCUUGUUUGUUUAAUUUGUACUGGUAUAACAGUACCAUGCUAUCAUCAGCAAAUGCAAGCAGAGGAAGGGUAGACUGUGCCUUUCUUGUGGCCUUGUCAUGUAGAUUAACUGUUGUACAGGUAGACUGGUACCAUGCUAUCAUCAGCAAAUGCAUGCAGAGGAAGGGUAGACUGUGCCUUUCUUGUAGAUUAACUGUUGUACAGACAGAUAUACACUCAACAAAUUAAUUAAGGGUCACCUUUGCAAUUUUAGAAUUAAUAAUAUAGACAAGGAUCAUAAGGAUUAGGAUUUAUCCUAAAGUCAGGGUUGAGAGUGUUUAUUUUUAGAAUUAUUAUAUUAUACUUGUACCUUUAAAAGUUCAACAGGGAUCAAAGCCCCUUAACCCUUCGGUGGUCUUUGAUUCCUCAUGCUGAAAGUAAAUUUUAAGGAUUGUGAUUUUAUGUCCAUUAUCAUUACUGUGUAGAACAACUGGCAUCUCCCAAAAGCCUUAUUAGAAAGGCUGCUUACUGAGAAACAUUAUGCCAAUAAUGUACAAGUUUGUAAGAAGGGGUAUAUGUGAACGUUUUAAUAUAAUCUGAAUGUGAACUGAAGUUGUUUUAAUGAGUGAUCCAUAGUUAAUCUUGUUUAGGGUAAUAUGUUAUGUGUACCUGUAUGUUUAUAUGAUAAAGAAACAUGGUUUUCUAGACUGCUGAACAUUUUAAUCAAAAAAAGACUUUUGGGUAUCAUUAAUAUUGCUGUAGAUCAGUAUGUAUAAGAUAAUAUAUAACAUACAUUGACCUGAAAAAAAUAUGUUAUUACAUACAUGUAGAAAAAUAGUUUACAAGUCUAUGUUUGUACAUAUUGCACAGUGGUAAUUCAGUUAAUUAAAAUGCAAAUUUACUUUUUGUAAAAGCCCUCUAAUAACCUUAUCUUCAGGGGUCUAAGAGUCUGGGAAUUAUCCUGAAAUCAGAAUUGAGAGCUUUAGACAUCAGACUAUUGUACAGUUGUUCUUUUGCACGGAAAAUUGCAUCAAAAACAGUAAGAAGUACCUUGAAAUGAAUAUAUUUAGAUGACUUUAUGAAGCAAUUUGGAAAGGGUCGCAGCUUCUGGCAAGAAUCCCUCCUACUUAAACAGACUCAGACUAUUUUUUUAGGGUUGACAAUUAUCAGCUGUAAUUACCAGCUGUAAUUACCCUGCAUCCUGUGUAAAUAGACUGGCUUAGCUUAAGAAACAAGAACUUGAACUGAGCAAGAUAAAGCAUGUACAUGUAUAUGUAAUAUGUUCAUGUCAGAUCAUCCAAAAGUUGCAUAUUAAAACUUAAAUAACGGAGGCUACCAGAAUUCUUCACAAUUAAGCUGAAGAGAAGUUUUUACUAUUUUUCUUUAUCAACGUAUAAAACAAUUAGUGAUGUUUAUGUACAUUAUCAGGUAGUGUGUAAUAUUAAAAUGUUUUAAUAUUGUUGUGUAAAAAUAUGCUAACCAAAUUGUUUUGAAUAAACCUUAUUUGAAA